ACACCACACGGACACGGCGUCGCACAGCAUCAUGCGGCGGGCGGAAAAGGGCAGCGCGCGGGGUCGAGACAGCGGCACGACGCAAAGAGGCGCGGCUGAGCACCCUCGCCCUCGCCCUCGCCUGGCCACCACGACCCCCCCGGCCAAGGCCAGCAUGGCCGUGGUUGUGCAAUGAAAACCAGCGUCAGCGCCUUACGCCAUUGCGACGGCCAUUGCGGGACUAGAAGGCUCUUGACCUGCUCAAAAGAAAAAACCGGUGGUGAUCCACGGCUGCUUGACCGGAGUCUUGGCGCUCUGCACGGCUUCUGGGGCUUCACCGGUCAAGCACCUCGACAACACUAAUAGAGCGACCGCGCCUCCGCCGAAGCUACACUUUUCGCAUUCGCUGCGCUUUGCCAGGCCAGACAAAGGUACCACCAUGGAGGUUCUCGAUGACACGAGCCUGGCCGACCGCCUGAGAUCCCAAGACAAGGAGUACUGGCUGCACAUGGAGGCCGACACGCCCUUGGAAAAGUAUCCAGCCAAACAACAUGCGCGCCGCGUGCAGGAAAAGCUGGGCAUCGACCAAGGCUUGAUCUACCUCCCAGGCCAGCCGGCAGUCAACAAUCAAGACAGCGACAUGCCAGCGCCCUUCCGCCAACGGCGCUAUUUCUACUACUUGAGCGGAUGCAACGAACCCAACUGCCAUUUGACCUAUGAUGUGCGACGCGAUGUGCUCUCUCUCUUCAUCCCACGCAUCAAUCCUGCGCGCGUCAUCUGGAACGGCCGUGGCUCUACUCAAGCCGAGGCGCUCGCCAAAUACGACAUUGACCAGGUCUUCUACGCCGAUGAGCUACAGUACUACGUCCAAGGCUGGGCCUAUGCCAAUGGCCACGCCGCCCUCUACGUUUUGCAUCCGUCUUCGCAGGUCCCAGGCUGUGAAAAUCUCGCUCCUCGCACAGACUCUCAAUCCCUUCAGCCGGCCAUGAACAUUUGCCGCAUGGUCAAGGACGACCACGAAAUCAGCCUCAUCCGGAAAGCGAAUGAUAUCAGCUCGCAGGCGCAUCGGGAGGUGCUCGAGAACAUUCUCAAAUUCACCAACGAAGCCCAGGUUGAAGGUCUUUUCGUGGACGUGUGCAUAUCACGUCAAGCCAAGCAGCAAGCCUAUGACCCCAUUGCCGCAUCAGGACCGAAUGCAGGUACUUUGCACUAUGAUGCCAACAACGAGGACUUUGCAGAUCGACAGCUCAUGUGCUUGGACGCUGGAUGUGAGUAUGAAUUGUAUGCUAGCGACAUCACCCGUUCGUUUCCACUGUCUGCCUCGUGGCCCAGCAAAGAAGCCGAGAACGUCUACAAGCUGGUCCAGCGCAUGCAGGAGGCAUGCAUAGAAAGACUGGCCCCUGGCGUUCGGUAUUUGGACUUGCAUAUUCUGGCGCAUCAAAUUGCCAUCAAUGGCCUCUUGCAGCUUGGCAUCCUGCACAACGGAACCAAGGAAGAAAUUUACAAAGCAGGCACCAGCAGAGCCUUCUUUCCGCACGGCUUGGGACAUCACGUCGGCCUCGAGGUCCACGAUCCUGGUCAGGCAGAACUGAUGAGCGUUCGAAGAGGAAAGCCGGUUUACCAACAAGCCCCCUCACUGUAUCCAGAGAACUUUCACAGCCCUGUAUACAACCCGGAGACAUGUCAUGCACCAACAGAUCCUCAAAGCAGCCAUCUUGAGGAGGGCAUGGUGGUAACGGUUGAGCCCGGCAUUUACUUCUCGGUCUAUGCUCUGCAACAUUUUUACCUGACGUCGCCAAUUCACUCAAAGUUCAUCAACGUUUCAGUACUUCAACGCUACCUCCCCGUCGGUGGUGUCCGUAUAGAGGAUGAUAUCCUGAUCACUGCCCGUGGAUAUGAGAACCUGAGCACGGCCCCGAAGGGUGAUGCGAUGCUUGCAAUCAUCAGGCAGGGAAAGUCGGGCGCCAAGACACUGGGUCAACGACAGGCGUCCCCGCGACAACAGAGCAACGAAGCAGAAGCACCACGGCUACGCGCACCAGGAAUCCCAAAAGAAAUGACACGGCCCUGGUUGAGACCAGUUGCACGCGCUGCGACAUUGCCUGCUGAGCUCCAGAAGCAAGACGAUAUCGACUUUGAACCUUUUGCAGGCCCCUCUCUCUUCUCAAACUUUGCACGAUCCAUGACUACCGAGGAGAAGAUUGAGCAGUGGCGGAGGAGUCAUGAUGCAAGGCCAGUAGCAUCGGCUCCUCCAGCAAACGUCAAAAAGCUACAGACUAUUUGCGGCAACUCAAGUUCAAGUGUGCGGCACAUCUACAUGAGUAACGCCUCUAGUCUUAGCUCGCUACCUCGAACAAACCCAGAGCCUGUGGGCUCGCUCAUGUGCAAGAACUGUAUCAUCCUUGUUCAGACACUGGGUAGGUUGAGGCAAACCCUUGCAUCGCCGACCCAAAGUUCGCCGGCGCCGGCGCCAGCACCAGGCACGACGACGGAGGGUUGUAGUCAAAGCUGUGGUAUGGAACGUGGAGAUGCCAAGGGAUCAGCGACACAAAAGAACAACGUGUCGGCUGGUGCAUCAGCAAGCACGCUGAAGCAUGGAGAAAUGCACAUGAGAGCUGCGCGCCCACAACCUCAUCCAAACGUGAGUUCGAACCAGGCAAAGCAGCAGCCCGUCACGCAAUGUGAACUAUCCGGAUCCCCACGGCUUUCUUACACUCAUGCCUCCCACGGGCAACCUGCGUCAGCCUCUUCUCACAACGGUUCAGCCACGGAGCGCAAAUCUGGACCUCCAGCCAUGGCAUCACCUCCUUCCCGGCCAUCAGUCAGGCCCGCUGGUGCUAUGUCAGAAGAAGAAGUUCUACGAAAGAAGAUGGAGGCAUUGCACUUGAGGCUCAGUGCCAUGGAAGAGCGCGAACGAAGCAACACUCAGGGCCCAAAGCCCAGACGUCCAUUGACACGUCCGUCGAUGCCGGAUUUGAUUUGAUCUCAUAACUAGAUAUCCGCGCUCGCUGCGCCUCUCGGGGAAGCAUCAUCUAGGAGCUAACAGUGUUUAUUUGAAUGCGCUACUUUUUAACGUUCAGCAUCUGUUACUUUAGCGAUGGGUGGUUGCAUGACUGACUUGAACGCAUGGCUUGGGGAUUGUUUGUUUUAUGCACGGCGUACUGAUUUCUUCACUGGCAGAUGAUACGUUGUACAACAUUCUCAUCGUUCGUUUUAGCAAUUGAAUAUACGUUGUAAUCUU